CAUACAGCAGCAGAUGAAAAUAAGGAAGUAAACGCUGUCGGAUCUUAGCUGGAGUCUCCUCUUCUCCUGUAAAGUGAAAGUGGAUCAGUCGACAGCUCAGUAAUCGAUUCAAAAGCACCACGACUGUGCUAAGGAAGUUAGCCGUUAAGCUAAUACUUCCACUGACUCCAUAUUAUCUUAAAGCACUGCCUAGACACAAAACAAAAGAGAGGGGCAAGAGGAAGACAAAGACGAACGUACUCUUCUGAUCCCCAGAAUUAUUUUCAGCAGCCACCAUGGACUACAAAGGGGAACCCCAGGAAGGAGGCAUGGUGCUGAAACAGGAGGACCUGCCGCAGAUGGAUGGAUCAUGUGAUGCGUGUGAGCCCGAUGAAGCCCAACCGGCUACACAAGUGUGCCACACCUGCAGCUUCGCCUUCUGCCCUCUCCAUGCUGACAAACACGCCAGCAGCACACAUCACCCGCUUGCACCUUAUAACCAUGAAGGGACACAAGCUAAUGGUCUUGGCUCAAACAGAGACCCCAGAGUUCCAGAUGGAGCUGAGGAUGAGAAUGAGGUGGAGAGGGGAGCUGGAAUUGGUGUGAACCAGGCCAUAGCAGCACUUGCAGUGGCUGACGCAGAUGAGAGCGGUGAUGCUGAGGAAAGAGAGAGAGCCAAGAAUGGUUUGCCACUGGAGGCUGAGUUGGGUGAUGGAGCUGAGGGUGCCGAGGCAGGGGAGGAGGCUAUGGCUGCUGGAGAGGCUGGAAAGAGGGACACUGUGACAGUAGAGAGACUGCGCUGCAAGGAGCACGGACAGGAAGGCUCACUCUACUGUAAACCAGAUGAGAAGAUAAUCUGCGUGGUGUGUGCUGUACAGGGUGAGCACCGUGGGCACGAAAUUAUCACUCUGCAUGAGGCCUACGUCUGGCAGAAGAACAGGCAGGGUUAUGAUCUGCUGGGCUGUACACAACAGAUGGCUGAGAAGAUCAAGACCAAGUGGACCAACCCUGAGAUGUCUACAGAGGAGUUGGAGGAAUACGUGAAUGUCCAGUUUGAUGAGCUCCGCAGAUUGGUGCGUCUGGAGGAGAAGAGGACCCUUCACCUGGUAGACCUCAAAGAGGCGUUUCUGACAGCAUCAGCUGCUGAGAAAAUCGCAGAGAUCACUGUCCAAACUGAGCGCUUGCAAGAAGAGAUGGCCAACAUUACACACCAGCUUUGCCUUCUGGAGCAGGUUGAGUCGCAGGCGAUUGGUCCUGCGGCCGCUGCAGAGGUCCUGGUAGCUGGAGCAGCCCACAGAGUGCCGCACGACAUUGAGGCCAGGCCAAGGCUGCCAGAGCCGAGGGCAGACCCCAUGGACCCACGGGACUUUGGAGACAAUGAUUCUGGACCAUCGAUGGACCACGCCCCAUGAGACUAUACUCUUACCAUAUCCACCUGUCCUUCAGUUCUGCUUCAGCCAACUGUCAGCCCUGUUGAGCUGUCAGGCAGGCCCUGUCUGUCAGCCAUCGUCCUCUCACCCCUUCUCCCCCCUCCCCCCUCCCUCCCCUCGUGCCUGCUGGCAGUGAGCUGACCUUGAGGAGGACUGCUGUGACAAAUAUGGAUGGCCACGUCUUUUCUGCUCUCAAACUUUUUAAUCCCUCACUAGCUACUAACUUUCUUUAAUUGAAGCACACAAGUUAUGUGCAAUCAAUUACGAUCAGGCUCAAUUUCCACAGCCAGUCAGAUCCUUGGCUUACUGGUGAGCACGGCCGACUCAGAGAGGAGCCUGGGUAGGCAGCUGAGCAGAGCAUCUGUUAAGCCCAACAGAUGUCAGAAACGGGAAAUUUUGUGACACAGUGUGCUUCACUCUUCAUUUAUUCGCAAUAUCAUUUUGGUUCUGUCAUUUUGACAAACACUCUGGACACUCUCAGACACAGAAAGGGAACAUUUGUCAUAUGCCCCAAUGCCUUAUGUUAUCGAGAGAAUAUAUAUUGCUAAGGUGUUUCUGGGUAUUACAUUUUGAUUGUGAAAAAAGGAGACCUGUCUUUAGCUGAUUUUCUAUAAUAUUGUCUCUUGUGCUUUCCAUCAUCCCAUUACCUUCACCCCUCCUUUCCCUACAAUCCUCACUUUCUGCCCUACCAGCUGAUUCUUUAUUGUAAAUUUGCCUGCACUUUCUCGUGCGUGAGAACUCUUCAAAUCUAUUAUCAGAAGCAGAGAGCAUUUUGACACCCAUUGAUUGGUGAAUGUUGCUGAGUCUUUGUUAGGUGAAAAUCGAACCGUAAUUUGACUGUGCAAAAUAGCUCUCCCACAGUAUCAGCUCUCUAUGUACUAUAAUGUAAAGGCUCAUUACUCCUGGCCAAUCUGCAGUGUAUGACGGAUUACAGCUCAGACAAGCAUAUGCACUUUCUACCUUGACCCGCUCAGCCAUAGCUUUCCUUCAUGAUGUACUGCUGCGAGUCUGUUUGUACCAGCAGUUUGUUUUUAAUGUGAUUGAUUCUGUUGCCUUUAAUUCAAAAUUUAAAUUGGUGUCACCCAUAAUACUUUGGGCCUAUAUGACAACAACAUGAGUUUGCUGCUGUAGCAUUGCACUAAGGAUGCACUGAGACUUGUAUAUCCACCCAAGGGAAUUGUUGAUGUGUCAACAGACUAUUGAAACAACUCCAACAGCUCAUUCUUUAUUCUUGUGUAACAACCGACAGGAAGUGAGGCUGUCUGAUGAUUCUUCUGUUGUUAUUUGUCUAUUUUUGUCUUAAAUCUAUAAAUAAACUGCCUGUUUCUUAGA